GAAAACCCACUUAAUCUCUUCUUCUCUAAAGCAUCUAUGGAGAUCUCCGGCGAAGAAGACAAAGAAGAAGCUGUUACUCUCCCCAAAGAAGUAAGUAAUGUCUCAAUCUCAGAUGGUAACAAGUUCGUUUACCAAAUCCUAAAUGGUCCUAACGAACAAUGUUUUGAGAAUUUCCGUAUGGAUAAGCCUGUCUUUUAUAAACUCUGUGAUCUUCUUCAAACCAGAGGCUUAUUGCGUCACACUAAUCGAAUCAAGAUUGAGGAACAAUUAGCUAUCUUUUUGUUCAUCAUUGGUCAUAAUCUUCGAACUCGAGCUGUUCAAGAAUUGUUCUGUUACUCCGGUGAAACCAUAAGCCGCCAUUUCAAUAAUGUUUUGAAUGCUGUUAUUGCAAUCUCUAUGGAUUUUUUUCAAUCCAAUCCAAAUUCUGAAGCUUUAGAGAAUGAUGAUCCAUAUUUCAAAGACUGUGUUGGUGUUGUUGAUAGCUUUCAUAUUCCGGUUAUGGUUGGUGUCGAUGAGCAAGGUCCGUUUCGAAACAGCAAUGGACUUCUUACUCAGAAUGUUCUUGCGGCUUCUUCGUUCGAUCUUAGAUUCCGUUACGUGUUAGCUGGUUGGGAAGGUUCAGCUUCUGAUCAACAAGUUCUUAAAGCAGCUUUGACUCGGCGUAACAAGUUACAAGUUCCUCAAGGAAAAUACUACAUUGUUGACGGUAAGUAUCCGAAUCUUCCUGGCUUUAUUGCCCCGUAUCACGGUGUUUCAACCAACGAAAGAGAAGAAGCAAAGGAAAUGUUCAAUGAGCGACACAAGUUGUUGCAUCGAGCUAUUCAUCGGAGUUUUGGAGCUUUGAAAGAACGGUUUCCGAUUCUACUAUCAGCUCCUCCGUAUCCUCUACAAACGCAAGUGAAACUGGUGAUUGCGGCGUGCGCAUUGCACAAUUACAUCCGCUUGGAGAAACCAGAUGAUUUAGUGUUUAGGAUGUUUGAAGAAGAGACUAUGGCAGAAGCAGGAGAAGAUAGAGGAGUGGUAUUAGAGGAAGAACAAGGAGAGAUAGAGGGACAUGAACAUGGGUUUAGACCGGAAGAAGUUGAAGAUAGUGUAAGGUUAAGAGAUGAUAUUGCAUCUGAUCUCUGGAACCAUUAUGUCCAAAAUCUGUCUACCUUCUAAACUUUAGCAUCUUUAUCAGUUUUUUUUUGUGCGUUUGAUUUGUCAGAAAUGAUAUAAGUCAAAAAACACUAUUUAUGUUU